GCGCAGCACACACGCAUUCUGACCUGGUCCGUUGCCGGGUUCGGACGUUUCAACGCGCUUUCAUUACGCAUACGCUCCUCCACUCGCACACACACACACACACACGCCGUUGUCGUAUACCGUACCCGCGCGUAUUACCACGUCUCAGUCGUCGUCGAUCUUCUAUCGCAAGUCGAUCAUUUUUUUUUCGAGAUACAAUAGAAAAAAAAUAACAGUACUCUAAAUUUAUAAUAAUAAUCUCGUGGUUUUCUGUUCCUUCUCGCCGUACGGUGACCACCUCGCUCGCGCAUAACCACACGCACACAUCGGUACCCUAAUACCUACACCAUAAUAUUUUCAUCGAUUCAGAUAUUAUAUCCACUGCAAAAUCGUAUCAAUCAUGGAUCUGUUGUGUUGCGAAUCGACUUCGAAGAGCGUCGCUCAAAAGGACCCGACACUGCUGCUGGACGACCGCGUGUUCGAGACCAUGCUCAAUUCUGAGAGCAGGUGCUUGCCGGUUCCCGACUAUUUGACGACCGUCCAGACGGACCUCACGGCCAACCUCAGGAAGAUCGUGGUUGAUUGGAUGUGGGAGGUCUGCGAAGAGCAAAAGUGCCAAGAAGACAUUUUUCCAUUGGCCGUCAACUAUAUGGACAGGUUCCUGUCGGUAAAUCCGAUCAAUAAAAAUCACCUACAGCUGCUGGGCACCACUUGCCUGUUGGUCAGUUCUAAACUUCGAGAGUCCGACUGCCUUACCGUCGACCUUUUGGUUCUGUACACGGACAAUACCAUUACUUCUGAAGAAUUGUUGAUGUGGGAGCUACUCCUGUUGAGCAUCUUGAAAUGGGACGUGUCCGCGAUCACGGCUCACGACUUCCUAUGGUAUAUACUUAAAAGACUGCACAUGGACACCGCCAAGCCGUUCGUUGACGUUGUUAUCAAACACUGCGGCACGUUCAUCGGCAUGUGCUCCAGAGACUAUAAAUUUUGCUCGUACAAGCCCAGCGUGAUCGCCGGGGCCAGCAUCGCGGCUGCUCUCAAUGGACUGGAAUACGCGGCCAUUUACAAGUACGACUUGUUCACUAAGCUGCACGCCAUCACUGGUUCUAAAAAGGAGGUCUUGAAGACAUGCCAAGAGCAAAUCGAAGCCAUGGUCGAGAGCCACAAGAGACAGCGCAAAGAAAUAGAUUUCCAAAUGUACGAAAAGCCGUACGACAAGACUGCCGAGUCGGACGACAACACAAACUGUUGGAUUUAAGAUCGUCGUCAGACUUACAAAACAAUUUAUUUGCAAGGGAAAAACUACACUGAAAAAAAAAAAAACAAAACAAUUUUUAUUCCGAUUUUAUUUUAUUAUUAUUUUUAUGUAAUCCACUGCAGAAAAUUUCACUCAUUCCAAAACCAAUCGGUGAUAAAUCAUCGGUACAUUUAUAUUACACAUUUUACACACAACAACAAUUAUUAUUAUAAAACGCUAUAAAAUACUGUUUAAGGUACUCGCAUAUGGUAAGAUUUUUGACUUUCAGAAACACUGUAAUAAGAUUAUUAGUAGUCUUAAGAUUAGGUUUUAUGAUUAUUUUGACUUUAUUAUUAUUAUUUUUUAAUGGGGAAGGCAAUAAAAUACGCUUCAUGUUUCCGUACAUAUAAUGUUAUUAUAAUAAGAUUAUUAUUAUUAUUAUUAUCCACAGCAGCUCCGGUAUAUUAAACAAUAUAAUGGUGAUUGUUUAUAUACCAUAUAAUAUCUUAAAAACCAACGUUCAUUAAAAAGCUCAACUUAAUCCAAAAACGAAAAAUUAAACUUUCAUAGAAACACAUCCUAAAUAGAUUCUGUGAAACACAACCGAUCACGGCGGACGUAUACGCAAUUCUUAUAACGUAUAUCGUACAAAAUUGUGUUUUAUAUUUUAUUAGUUUUUGUGUACGUCACCGAGAUUCGAUUUAAAUGUACAGCAAAGUGCCGGUAUGGCUACCUAUACAACAAACAGAUUCCUAAAAUUUUAUUAACCUUUAAGUUAUAUCAAAAUAGAUAGUUAUUUUAUUACAUAUUAUUUUAUCAUAAUAUAUAUAUAUUAUUAACUUUUUUUUUUUAGCGUUUAAGGUAGACUCGCCGACCCAGAGUUUAGCACAUGGUUGGUGCGACAUUUUUUUUAAAGAUCUCUUGUGUCGGCAGUCUUUUUUUUUACAUAUAUAUAUAUUUAAAUAAAAAGCUCAAGUUUCCAUUGAUAAAUAAAAUAUCUUUCACGAUUGUAGCUUUCUUUGUAUUCCCAAACAUUUAUCAUUUAUUCAGUUUUACAUAAUAUUUUUUUACAAUAAUUAAUAUUAGUUUUAAAAGACGAUCACAUAUCUUAUACAUUUUAUAUUGAUUCCGAUUCCAACACGGAGAACGUGUUAUUAAGUUUUCAAGCACAUUCUACACAUUAUAAUUUUAUUUUUAUAUUCACUGUGUUUCAAAAGUACAAAAAAUAACAACACAAACAUAUGGUUAAAAAGGUUAAUUAACGUAAUUUAAGAUUUAAAUGCUCCACUGGGAAUACCGAUAUAAUUUAAUUAAUUUAUUAUUUUUAUUAUUAUUAUAUAUAUUUUUUUUUUUUGUUAACGGUAAGAGUUUUAUAACAUGUAUUUUUAAGUAUGUAGCAUACACCGUUGUUCUAUUAUUCACAUUGCCCCUCUCCAUUAUCCAUUAUUUAAAAAUUCGUAGAGAAAUCUACGAAGAAAAACGAUAGAAAUCACGUCUUCCACAGGCCUCAAAUCCGCGCGAAGCCAUUGGCUUCCCGAGAUUUGUCUCUCCCCCACUCCCCCCAAAUUAGCUUCGUUGUGUGGAUUAUAAUAUAGAUACAUACCGACGGGACGUGGGUUAACGGCUCGGACAAGGAGGGACGAAAUAAGAAGAAAACACGAAAAAAAAUUUUUUAAAAACGUGUUUUUUAUACACGCACACCACACACAUACCUCAGUUCCAAGUUGAUUUAUUUUUUUUUAUUUCUAUAGUAGUAGUAGUAGUCGUAGAAUACUUAAUAAUAAUAAAUAGUAAUAGUAACGUAUAUUAUAAUAUGUAAGUCCUGGAUGUGUCCCGAACCGCGUGUAAAAAUAUAUAAUAUAACUCCGUCCCGACGGCUAAAAUCCGAUAUAGUUAAUCGGGGAGAAGGGGGGGAACGUAACGUUUCGGCCUCGUUAUAAUUAUUUUAGAAUGUAACUCGCACCACAAACACAUACACACACAUUUUUUUAUGUAAUAUUAUAAUGAUGUUACAUGUAUAUUACAUAUAAUAAAAUAUAUGCCAUUUGGUGAAUUUUAGUUGUUUAGGGAAAAAUUUAUAUAAUAUUAUUUAAUACAUACAUAUUUAUAUUAUAUAUUUAUAUAUAUAUACAUAUAUAACUACCCAAGUUGAAUUCUAUAUAAAUAUAAAUAAUAAAACAUAAAAAAAAAAAGAUUUUACUAAUCUCUAUAGUUUUGCACUGUUAUCAACGCAGUUGUUUUUAUUUUUAUUAUUAUUAUUAUUACAUUUAUAUAUAUAUAUAUUAAAAUAUAUUUUUUUUUUCUCUCAGGCUAUUUCAACUUUUAUUUUCUCCCGAUUUAUUUCUACAGCCUUUACGACUGUUGAGUGUCUGCAAGGAAGUGGAAAUACUUUUUAGAAUUGUUACCAACCGAAAUAGUCAAAUAAAUAUUUGGAAUAUAACAUAGAUUAUAAUACCAUGUUUUCAUUUUAUUCAUUUAUUAUAUAUUUAUAAUUUUUUUUUUUUUUUAAAAGUAUAUCGUAAUCGUAAAUAUUAAUAUUUUUGGUCUUGUAGAGAACACACAACAUCUGUUUCUAUAUUAGGUUUAUGUCCACAGAUAUAUAUUACACGCAUACUUACAUAUGCCUACAUAUAUAUGAUAUAGUUGAUAAGCAUAUAAAAGAAAAUUUAAAGCAAAAAUUUAGGACACUGUUUUUUUUUUUUCCAAUGUUAUAUUACAGUUUUUAUGUAUAUGUAUAUGAUAUAUUAUUAUUAUUAUAUUAUUAUUAUUAUUAUAUUCACUAUGUUGUCAUGUGCUUUCUUUAAUACAAGCCGUAAAAAUCAAGCUAUGAUUAUUUAACUUUUUACAUUUUUUUUUUUUAAUGGUAAUAAUUAGUACAAAUAUUUAUAGACUAACGAAUUCGUACAUCGAAUGCCAAGUUUUAUGUGUUCCCGUAAAGAAAACAAUAGGACUUAGAUAAGACUCAAACGCUUGAAAUUUCGUUUGAAAAUACGCUUACGUUUUUCUUUUCUUUUAAAUCUAUGUCGGUCAUAUACAAUAAACGCAUAGACUUUUCAUAUUAGAUGUAUAAGUUGAGUCAAUCUGGUCAUGUUUGCUAUGUUUUUCUUUUUUUUUUACUGUGCCAUAAUAUAAUAGUACCUAAACAAAAUUCCCAUUAAUAUGGUAUAAUAUUGCCAUCAUUAAUACACCAUUUUUAUUUUAUACACAUAUAAUAUUAUAUAAAAGUAAAUUAUACAUUUUUUUUUCGUUUUUCAAUGUCUGUUGUUAGUCGUACUUUGCGAGUUUGCGGCGACGCAAAAAGUAUUUGCGCAGCAUUUUAUUAUAAAAAAAAUAAAAUUUUACUCAUCUGAACAUUUAUAAUAAUUUAUAAGUAGAUAACCACCGCAUCAUGUCGUUAGGCAGUGGUUAUACAUUUACGAACUUUUAACAUGUAACAAUAUAUAUUAUUAUUUACACAUUAUAUUGAUAUUUUUGUACUUAUUCGUUUUAUUGUAAGGUCAAUAUUAUACUAUAAUAUCAAUAAAGAAAAAAAGAUUUACUGAAAUGAAA